GCGAGGCGCCGCCGUCCAAUCGCGAUCCGGAGGGCGGGUUAGGAAGCGCUGAGGCGGCUUCGGGAUCCUGCCUGCGUUUUGUGAGGGAAGCGGGUUGAGGCGGAGAAGAAGUGGAAGGAGCGGCCGAAGCCCGUGAGGGAAGCAUUGUCACUGAGGAUCUGAUCAGUCACCUUCACUCAGAGUUCUGUACUGCUCUUUUUAGUCAGCUUGUCUCAGUUCCUUGAACAGCAGGGCGAUGGCUGCCGUGGUGGAACAGGAAAGUGAAACCCAACUGUGCAACAAUUGCAAAAAAGACAUUCCUGCGGCAAACUUCACCAUCCAUGAGAUCCAUUGCAGUCGAAACAUAGGGGUAUGUCAUAUCUGCAAGGAGUCUUUCCCAAAAUCGGAAAUGAGGAGCCACCAGGAGCUGGAGCACACGCAGGUUGUCUGUAAGUGCAGCAUGAAGAUGGACAGUGGUCUUUUGGAGGAGCAUGUGGCUGCAGAGUGUCCCUUGCGCCCCGUGGCCUGCCAGCACUGUGAUAUUGAGCUUGCAUUCAACAAGCUCCAGGACCAUGAGGACUACUGUGGCGCUCGAACUGAGCGAUGUAGCAGGUGCAGCCGCAACAUUCUGCUCAGAGAUCUGAAGGAGCACCCUGAGGACUGCAAGAGGGAGGCUGAGGAAGCAAGAGUCAGCCAAGCCCGGCCCUGCUUGAACUCCGAACCAGUUUUGCAUAGCAUUCAGACAGUCAGGAAUGUCCUCCAUCCAGACAACUCUGCACGAUCCCUGCCAAGGUUGAGCCGGUUUCCUGAAAGUAGGCUUUAUAACUGUCUCUCAGGUGACCAGCUGCCCAGUGAGCGCAACAGAAGGAACAUUGCUCUAUCGCAGCCAGAUCAGAAUCAAGUCUACCUGGAAAAGAUGACAGCCCCCUUGCCUUUCGGUGGAGAGCCAGAUUGCAACCUGGAUUACCUGCUGGCUCUUAGCUUGCAGCAGGAAAACACCUCUCAUGAGCACAGUGGCACACAGAUCCGGAGGGAUCUCUGGAAGAAUAUCUGCCCCGCCAGAGCUAAAGCAGCUGAGGACUUGGAUGACGCAAAUGACCCCGGUAUCUUCUCUCAGGGUUUGCUGGCACCUGCUAAUCAUGCUUUAAACAGGCCCAAAGCUGAAACACUGCUGCCUUGUGAGUUUUGUGAGAAGCUGUUCCCUGAGGAAGAUCUAAUCCUUCAUCAGACUGGCUGCAAUCCUGUCAGCGCUUUGGCAUCCUUCAGCAAGAGAAGCUCUUUUGUCCCUCAGGCUGAGCGUCUUCAGGAUCUCUGGGAACAGCUGCAGAGCAGUCAGUCUGCUGGCAGCAGGGAAACGGUUCCUCUGCAGCAUGACUCCUCCAGCAGCCUCAUGCUCCCUUGCGAAUUCUGUGGUGUCCAGUUGGAAGAAGAGAUCCUCUUCCAUCACCAGGAUCAGUGUGACCUGCGUCCAGCCACUGCCCCCUCAAUAGGAAGUGGCCCAUCACAGCAAGGGACUCUGGCUGUGGAUAACUUGGAGAGAACAAGCUCCCCAGAUCUGCCUAGAAGACGGAUCCGGCAUCAAGGGGAAAUCUCACCUCAGUACCUUGAGGAGUUCAGGCAGCAGAAGCCUCCCCACCCCAUCAGAGGGAAUCCCUCCCGCAACAAUCUGGUGGCUGCCAGACACAUUCAGCAGGCCCCUCCCAACAACACAAGAGACGACAAUCUUGGGCCUUCAGAACGAGGGAAACCCAAGGAGCUGGGUAUUGGUGGUGGUCGUGGAAGAGUGCUGAGUGACCAUGCAGCUGCCCCCCUCCCCAGCAGGCGUUGUCCCUUCACUGUCUCUCCUAGUGGCUAUGUGCCCAGCUUCCCUGUCACAGUUCCAGCUCGGCCCAGCCUGAGAAGAGAAGGUGUCAGGAGUCCUGCUAGCCCUUCCAAUUACAACAACACCAAGAUGAAAUCGUGGCAAGCUGAAUCUGACUACUCGGACAAAGAGCAAUAGGGAAAGGGCCUUCCCAGGGCAAGUGGGUUUGCCCUUGCCUCUGUUCCCUCAUAAGGUCUGGCUGCAGGGGGGUAGGGAGGUGGGUGAUCAUACCACAGCUGCAGGCCAGAGAAGUGGUGGCAGGAACCCUUCUCUCCUGAUUUAGGGCUGCUUUUUUUUUAAAAAAAAUGUGCAAUGUCCUUGUGCUCUGAGGUAAGGGCCAGGGUGUGUGUUUGUGGGGGGAGGGGAUCAGAUUCAAAUGUGUCCUAUAGUCAAAACAACUGAGCUGAGAGUCUUGUAGAAGUUCUGCUUAAAAUGCUCAGCCUUGAGGUGUUGUCCGUGUGCAGUGCAGUUAAUGACACACGGGAUUGUGUGUUUAGACUUGUGGCUGGCCUAGCAGCUACCAGGCAAGGCCUUGUGAGGAAGCCUGGGUUGGUUGGUGCUUUGGCUUAAGCUCAACUUACUGGGCUUCUUAACCUGUUCUUUUGGUGCUCUAACUGCACUUAGCAGUCUAUUUCCCUAGUCAGGACUGUGUAACCAAAUGGGAGGAAGAAGAAGCAUAGGGAAAAGCCAUAACAUUUCAUUGUUCUGCCUCUGUGUUUGUAUAGCCUAUCUUUAAUACCAGAAGUGCCCAGUUUCAUUUCUGUAAAAACAACAAAACCAAGACAGGCUUCUGUUCAUUCUCUUUAUGCUGAUUAUUCUGCUAUACUGGAGACUGUCUCAAAUUUCUUGUAAUAAACUUUGUAUCUCGU